AUGGCUAUGCGCAACGUCGGUGUGAAGACUAGCCAAAUCACGGACUAUAUGGUAAAUCAAUCUGGGUCUUAUGAGAAUGUCAAUUUCAUCCAUACGGAUCUACACAACCAUAUUCAAGCCGAACGUAGAGCAGAAGUUGAGGAUGGUGAUGUGCAGGAUUCAAAAUUGCGGGCUGACUACGUAAAGUUUAGUGAUGUGUUGAUAUUUGACUCAACUUACAGAACCAAUGCGUACAAGAAACCUUUUGGCAUGUUGGCUGGUGUGACUAACCACUUUAGGACCACGAUAUUUGCAUGUGUUUUGCUAGCUAAUGAGAUAAUUGAUACAUACACAUGGGUUUUGGAAACAUUUAUGGAGGCGAUGGGCAACAAAGCACCUGUGUCCGUACUGACAGAUGGGGAUAAGGCGAUGCGAGAGGCAAUCAAAAGAGUAUUUUUAGAUGCAAGACAUCAAUUAUGUAAUUGGCAUCUUGGGAAAAAUACUGUUUCAAAUGUUCACAAAAGUGGCUUUGCACAUGUAUUCAAGCAGUGCAUGGACGUGGAAAUGGAUGAGGCAAAGUUUGAGGAAGGCUGGACGAGAAUGGUCGAAAAAUUUGGACUUCAAACCAAUAGCUGGGUGUUGGAGACAUAUGAGAAGUGUCAUAAGUGGGCUGAGGCAUAUAUGCGUGGACAUUUCUUUUGCUGGGAUGAAGAGCACUCAGUGCUCGGAGAGCACUAUGAUCGGGCUCUUGCAAGGAUAAGGUAUAACGAGGCUGGAGAUGAUGCUGAAACAAAUAACACUUUUCCGGUAUUGAUUACUCCAUUGCGAGAUAUAGAAAGACAUGGAGCUGAGCUAUUCACCCGAAAUAUAUUUAGAAUGUUCCGUGAUGAAAUCUUAGAAAAGGGGGAGUUGAAUGUUAAGGACGUGUUCCCUUUGCCGGAUGGUCAGAAAAGUUACUAUAUUCAUAAGUACAAGAUGAAGGAUAGAUCAUGGAUAGUAACACACAAUCCAGUAGAUGCUGCAAUGAGAUGUUCUUGCAUGAAGUUUGAGUCGUUGGGGCUACCUUGCUGUUACAUGAUAUGUGUUAUGAAAGCUGAAAAUUUAACGCAAAUUCCCCCAACUUGUGUGCUGCAUAGAUGGACAAAGGCUGCAAGCAAGGAUGGCCAGCAAUGA